AUGCCUCCUCCCGUCGACCUAGCCUCUCAACCCCGUCCGAGCACCGCAGAUGGCGGUCCACGUCCGGGGGGAAAUCAGGACUGGUUACCCACAGAUGGAGGGGUACGAGGGGGUAACCAGGAGAAGUUACCCGAGAAAAAGGUUACUCCCAGCCUUAGUGUUGCAGAUCGAGUUGCUUCUUUCAAGCAAUUGGCUGGACACGACAGGAGCUCCUCCCCCAAACCGUCAGGCUCGACACGGUUCGGAACCGGCGCUGCAGGUUCGGCGAGCCCGUUCAGGGCUAGUUCGGCCGAAGCUGGUUCGAGCGACGUUGGUCUGGAAGUGCAGCUCGGGCAGCUGAGAAUAAAAAACGCGGACCUGAAGCUGAACGUGGAAAAUCUGCAGGCGGAGCUGAAAGCCGCUAAGGAGCAGAUCGGGCAGAUGACAAAAGAAAUUGAGGCGUGGAAAAAGGAGGGAGUUUCGAAAGACAGCGCUGCUGAGAUGAAAGCGGAGAUUGAAAAGCUCAAGAAGGAAUUGGCAGAGAGCAAAGGAGGAGGAAAGGGCGUGGGGGUAGUGGGAGAGCGAGAUAAGGAAAUGAAGGAAAUGGAGGAGAAAAUGAUGGUGAUGGAGGUAGAGGUUGGGAAGUACAAAUUCGUGCAUGACAGUUUAAAAGAGAGGGUAGAGAGGCUGACCAGGGAUAACAAGAAACGAAUUGCGUCUGAGAAAGAGGCGCUAGAUGCGAUUGGGAAGGUGAGGGAGGAGAAGGAGGAGGUGGAGAAGAGACUGAGUGAGGUGGAGGCGGAAAGGGAUGAGGCGAGGAGGAAGUGUGAGGAAGCGCAGCAACGGAUGGCAGAGGCUGUGAGAGAGAGAGGAGAGGUGGAGGUGAGGAGGGAUGAGGAUGUAGCUACUGUGCGGAGGGCUAUGGAGGAGGAGAAGCGGAAGGUUGAGGAGGGAAGGAGGAAGGCGGAGGAGGAGAGGGAUGGAGUGUUGAAGGCGAAGGGUGAGGUGGAAGGGGAGAAGGGGGUGUUGAUGGGUAGGUUGGCGGAGGCGGAGAGGGGACGAGAGGAUGCGGAGAAGGGGAGACGAGAUGCAGAGGAGGAGAGGGGACGGGCUGAAAGGGAAAAGGAACAGGCGUGGAAGGAGAGGGAGGAGGCGGAGGCAGCUCGGAAGGAGGCGGAAGGGGAGAGGGAUGAGGCCGUGAGGGCGAAGGAGGAGGCGCAGAGGGAACGAGAUGAGGCGACGAGGGCGUGUGAGGCGGCGGAAACGAAGCAAGAGGAGGCGGAGAAGAGAAGAGACGAGGCAGAGAAGUCAAGGGAGGAAGCAGAGACACGGAGGGAGGAGGCCGAGAGAGAGAGAGGGAAGGCGGAAGAGGAGAAGGAGCAAGCGAAGAAGGAGAGGGAAGAGGCGGAGGCAGCACGGGGAGUGGCGGAGAAAGAGAGGGAAGAUGCAGUAAAGGGUAAGGAGGAGGCGGAGAGGGAACGAGAAGAGGCGACGAGGGCUUGUGAGGCAGCGGAAACGAAGCAAGAGGAGGCGGAGAAGAGAAGAGACGAGGCAGAGAAGUCAAGGGAGGAAGCAGAGACACGGAGGGAGGAGGCCGAGAGAGAGAGAGGGAAGGCGGAAGAGGAGAAGGAGCAAGCGAAGAAGGAGAGGGAAGAGGCGGAGGCAGCACGGGGAGUGGCGGAGAAAGAGAGGGAAGAUGCAGUAAAGGGUAAGGAGGAGGCGGAAAGGGAACGAGAAGAGGCGACGAAGGCACGUGAGGCUGCGGAAGGGAAGCAAGAGGAGGCGGAGAAGAGAAGAGACGAGGCAGAGAGAUUAAGGGAGGAAGCAGAGGCACGGAGGGAGGAGGCUGAGAGCGCAAGAGGGAAGGCGGAAGAGGAGAAAGAGAAAGCGAAGAAGGAGAGGGAAGAGGCGGAGGCAGCACGAGGAGAGGCGGAGAGGGAGAGGGAUGAAGCUGUAAAGGGUAAGGAGGAGGCAGAGAGGGAGAGGGAGGAGUCAGUAAAAGGCAAGGAGGAGGCGGAGAGGGAGAGGGAUGAUGCAGUAAAGGGUAAGGAGGAGGCGGAGAGGGAGAGAGAUGAUGCAGUAAAGGGUAAGGAGGAGGCGGAGAGGGAGAGGGAUGAUGCAGUAAAGGGUAAGGAGGAGGCGGAGAGGGGGAGGGAUGAUGCAGUAAAGGGUAAGGAGGAGGCGGAGAGGGAGAGGGAUGAAGCCGUAAAGGGUAAGGAGCAGGCAGAGGCGGGGAUGGAGGAGUCAGUAAAAGGUAAGGAGGAGGCGGAGGGGGAGAGGGAUGAGGCACUAACGGGUAAGGAGGAGGCAGAGAAAGAGAGGGAUGAUGCAGUAAAGGGUAAGGAGGAGGCGGAGAAAGAGAAGGAUGAAGCAGUAAAGGGUAAGGAGGAGGCGGAGAGGGAGAGGGAUGAGGCAGUUAGGGUAAAGCAAGAGGCGGAAACUGAGAGAGACGAAGCAGUAAAAGGUAAGGAGGAGGCGGAGAGGGAGAGAGAUGAGGCUGUAAAGUGUAAAGAGGAGGCAGAGAGGGAGAGGGAUGAGGCUGUAACGGGUAAGGAGGAGGCGGACGCAAAACGGGCAGAGGCCGAAAGCGCUUGUGAAGCGGCUGAGAAGAGGCAAGAGGAGGCAGAAAGAGGGAGGGAGGAGGCAGAGGGUAAAAGGGAAGUUGCGGAAAGGGAGAAGGAGGAAGCGGAGCAGGCACGAGCAGAAGCAGAGGCACGGAGAGACGAGGCUGAGAGGCUUCGUGCAGAGGCUGAUGGGAAUAGAGCGGAUGCAGAGAGGGCGAAAGAGGAGGCUGAGAAGGCGAAGGAGGAAGCGGAUAACGCUAGGGAAGAGGCGGAGAGGGAGAGGGAGAAGGCAGAGAAGAGAAGGGAGGAGGCUGAGAAGGCAAGGGAGGAAGAGGAGAAGCUGAGGAAGGGAGCAGAAAGGGCACGCAAUGAGGCGGAGAAAGCAAGGGAGGAGGCGGAGAAAGCCAAGAGCGAGGCAGAGUCGAAGCUGGCAGUUGCAGAGACGAGCAGAGUGGCAUCCGAGCAGACGUGUGCUCACGCUGAGGAGAGAUCAGCUGAGGCUGAGAAGCAGCGAGCAGCAGCUGAACAGGCUUGUUGUGAUGCGAGGGCGCUAGCUGAGGAGGCAGAGAGGCGACGGGAAGGUGCUGAAGUGAAGCAGAAGGAAGAGGAAGAGAGGAGGAAGGAGGCAGAGGAGAGGAGGGAAGCUGCUGAGAAAGUAAAGGAGGAGGUGGAGGAGAGGCAACGAGAGGCAGAGAAAGCAAGGGCUGCUGCUGAGGAAGCGCGAGAGGAGAGCGAGAAGGCAAGGGAUGAGGCUGAUGCGAAGAGGGAAGAAGCCGAAGAGGCAAGGGAGGAGGCGGAGAAGGGAAGGGAGGAGGCAGUAGAGAGGGCAGCAGCGGCGGAGGAGAGGAGUGAGGAGGAGAGGAAGGCGAGGGAAGAAGCUGAGAGGGCGAGAGAGGAGGCUCAAAGGUUGAGGGAAGAGGCGGAAAAGUGUACAGAGGAAGCGAUAAAGGCGAGAGAGGAUGCAGAGGCACGAUGUGAGGAGGCAGAGAGGAAGCAAGUAGAGGCUGAGGUGGGCAAGGAAGAAGCAGUGGAAGCGAGGCAGCAAGCAGAAGUAGCGCGGGAGGAGGCUGAGAGGAAGCAAGCAGAGGCGGAGAGAAUGCAGGUGGAUGCAGAAACGAAACAGGCAGAGGCAGAGGUGGUGAAGGAAUCAGCAGAAGCAGCACGUGCAGAAGCAGAGGUGGGGAGGGCUGAAGCUGACAAGGCAAGAGAGGCAGCUGACAAGGCAAGAGAGGCAGCUGACAAGGCAAGAGAGGCAGCUGACAAGGCAAGAGAGGAUGCAGAAGGGAGGCUUAGGGAGGCAGAGAAAAGAGCAGAGGAGGCGGAAGAGAGUGCGAGGGAAGCAGUGGAAAGGGGUAAGCAGGCGGAGGAGAGGGCACGGGAAGCAGAGAGGGCAGAGCUAGAGGCAAGAGAACAAAGUGAGGUGGCGAAGAAGGCAAAGGCGGAAGCAGAGGCUACACGCGAGGCAGCAGAACGAGAUAGAGAGGCAGCUGAGAGGGCGAAAGAGGAGGCUGAGAGGGCGAGAGAGGAGGCUGAAAAGGCAAGGAGGGAAGCUGAGCAGGGGAAAGAGGAAUCGGAGCAAGCUCGAGCAGCAGCUGAAAUGUCGACAAAGGAGGCAGUUGAAGCAAAGGAGGAGGCUGAGAGAGUCAGCGAGGAGGGUGAGAAGGCGAGGAAGGAGGCAGAGAGGGGCAGGCGAGAAGCAGAGAGAGCACAGGCGGAGGCGGAGAGGCAGAGAGAUGAGGCGGAGAGGCGAAUGGCUGGUGCUGGGAUGAGCAAGGAUGAGGCGGAGAGGGAGCGGGAGGAGGCGCAUAGGAGCAGGGCGGAGGCGGAAAGGAGGAUGGAGGAGGCAGAAAGCAGGAGAGAGGAGGCUGAGAAGAGGAGAGAUGAGGCGGAGAGAGCAAGGGAGGUUGCUGAGGAGGCGAGAGAAGAGGCUGUGAGAGAGAAGGAAGAGGCUGUGAGAGAGAAGGAAGAGGCUACUCAGGGGAUGGCUGAGGCGGAGGAGAGGCGGGUGGAGGCAGAGAGGAGAGAAAGUGAAGCAGAAGAGAGGGAGCGGGAGGCUGAGAAGGCAAAGGAAGAGGCUGAGAAGGCUUGGGAGGAUGCAGCUAAAGCUGCGGAAGAGGCUGAGCAGGCAAAGAGAGAGGCGCUUGAAGCUAAGGCAGAGGCCGAGGAGAGGAGGGCGGAGGCAGAGAGGACUCGAGAUGCUGCAGAAGCGAAGGCAGCUGAAGUAGAGAAGGCGAUGGAAGAGGCUAUCUGUGCGAAGGCAGAGGAGGAAGAGAGGAGGUUGGAGGCCGAGAGAGCACGAGAUGCUGCAGAGGCGAAGGCAGCUGAACUAGAGAAGGCUGUGGACGAGGCUGUGAGUGCAAAGGCAAAGGAGGAGGAGAGGAGGGUGGAGGCAGAAACAGCACGAGAUGCUGCAGAGGCGAAGGUGGAGGGGUUAGAGAGGGCUGUGGCAGAGGCAGAGGCGGCGAGGAAGGUAGCAGAGGAGGAGAGGAGUGAGGCGUUGAGGGGCGAGGAGUGUGCUGUGGAGGAGCGGUAUGAGCUGGUGCAGGCUCUUGAACGGGCGGGUGAGGAGAAGGAUGAGUUGACAAGGGCUGCUGAAGCAGUGAAAGGGGAGAGGGAUGAGCUGGUGCAGGCUCUUGAACGGGCGGGUGAGGAGAAGGAUGAGUUGACAAGGGCUGCUGAAGCAGUGAAAGGGGAGAGGGAUGAGCUGGUGCAGGCUCUUGAAAGGGCGGGCGAGGAGAGGGAUGAGCUGGUGCAGGCUCUGCAGAGGGUGACUGAGGAGAAGGAUGAGCUGGAGAGGGCUGUUGCAGCAGCGAUAGGGGAGAGGGAUGAAGCGGUGAGGGCUGCUGAAGCAGUGAAAGGGGAGAAGGAUGGGGCGGUGCAGGUGGUUGAGAGGACGGGUGAGGAGAGGGAUGAGAUGACGAGGGCUGUUGCAGAGGCUGUUAGGGAGAGGGACGAAGCGGUGAAGGCUGUCGAAGCAGCGAGAGAGGAGAGGGACAGGGCAGUCGAGGCUGUGGGGUUGGCAGUAGAAGAGAGGAACGAAGCAGUGAGGACUCUUGACAGGGUGACAGCGGAGAGGGACAAGGCGAUGCUGGUGAUUGAUGAGGUGGUUAAAGAGAGGGAUGAAGCGGAGAAGGCUGUUGCAUUAGCCGUUGAAGAAAGGAACGAGGCAGUGAGGAUUCUUGACAGGGUGACGGCGGAGAGGGACGAGGCGAUGCUCGUGAUUGAUGAGGCGGUUGGGGCGCUUGGAGGGGCCGUUGGGGCGAGGGAGGCGAGAGGGCUGGUUGGAGAGAGGGUAGCGAUCAGGGAGAGAGAGGCGCGAGCGGUGACAGCGGAGAGGAACGAAGCGGAGAGGAACGAAGCGGAGAGGGACGAGGCGAUGCUGGUGACUGACGAGGCGGUUGGGGCGCUCGGAGGGGCCAUUGGUGCGCGGGAGGCGCGAGGGCUGGUUGGAGAGAGGGUGGCGAUUAGGGAGAGAGAGGCGAGAGGGAUGGUUGAGGAGAGGGUGGUGAGUGAGGAGAGGGAGGCAAUUGGGGCAGGAGGGGAUAUUGGAGAGAGGGAGGGGAUUGGGGAGAGGGAGGCUAUUGGGGAGAGGGAGGCUAUUGGGGAGAGGGAGGCGAUUGGGGAGAGGGAGGCGAUUGGGGAGAGGAAGGCGAUUGUGGAGGGGGAUGUGAGGGAGGUGGUGAAUGUGGAUGAAGCUGAAGCAGCAGGAGGGGAUGGCGAGAAGGUGACGGUUUGUGUGGGGUGUUCAAGUAAGUGUGAUGGGUUUGUGGGUGGGAGAGGCGAGGUGGAAGGGAGAUGGCAGGAGGCUGUUGCGGUCAAGGGCGAUGAGAAGUGGUGGAGAGCGGUGGAGAACGAUAGGGAGGAAGCGGAGAGGAGGCGGGAGGAGGCGAAGAGACGACUAGAGGAGCUGAAGGGGAUCCUUGAUGAGGUGAGAGGAAAGCAGGAGGAGUCUGAGCGGAAACUGGAGGAAGUCGAGAAACAGCUGGUGGACAUGGGGAAUGAGAAGGCUGCUGCUGAGAGCAGGAGAGAAGAGGCAGAGAGGGAGAGGGUUGAGGCAGAAGGGAGGAGAGUGAGAGCAGAGGAGAUGAGGGAUGAGGCUGAGAGGAAGUUGGAAGAAGUUGAGAAACAGCUGGUGGACAUGGGGAAUGAGAAGGCGGAAGCAGAGAGGAGUAGAGAGGAGGCGGAGGCUGAGAGAGAAGAAGCGGAAAGGGCGAAGGUUGAGGCUUUGGCACGGUUGGAAGCGGCUGAGACGGCACGCAAAGCGGUGGAGAAUGAGAAGGUUGAGGCAGAAGAGGGGAGAGUGAGAGCAGAGGAGCAGAGGGAUGAAGCUGAGAGGAGGAGAGAUGAUGCUUUGAGGGAGAAGGAGCAGGCAGAGAAGGAAAGGGAGGAGGUGGAGAAAGCAAGGGAGGAAGUGGAGAAAGCAUGGAAAGACGAGGGGCUGAGGAGAGCAGAAGCAGAGAAGGCACUAGAAGAGGCACUGGAGGCAGGUUUUGUGGUGGAUGGGCGGACGGGGCAGACAGAGAGGAGGAUAGAGAAGGCGGAGCAGAGCAGAGAAGAGGCAGAGAAGAUGAGAGAAGAGGCAGAGAAGGGAAGAGAGGAAGCAGAGAGGAGGAGAGAGGAGGCAGAGAGGAGGGGAGAUGAGGCAGAGAGGAGGGGAGAUGAGGCAGAGAGGGCACUAGAAGAGGCGCUAGAGGCAGUAGUGCAGGCAGAGGUUCGAAGGGAAGAGGCGGAGAGGGAUAGAGAUGAGGCAGAGAGGAGGAGGGAAGAGGCGGAGAGGGAUAGAGAUGAGGCAGAGAGGAGGAGGGAAGAGGCGGAGAGGGAUAGAGAUGAGGCAGAGAGGAGGAGGGAAGAGGCGGAGAGGAGAAUAGAAGAGGUUGAGGAGGAUUUGACUGAGCUGGUGGUGAAGCUUGAGGUAGUAGAGAAGACAAAAGCAGAGGCGGAGGAGGGGAUUCAGGAAAAAAAUGCAUUGACAGGUGAAGAUGCAGAAAAGGGGGAAGUGGAUGGGGGGAUUACAGAGGGGGAGAGGGAGAGGGAGCGGGUGGUACGGGAGGUGGAAGAGUUGACAGUGCAGAUAGAGGUACUGGAGAGAGAGAAGGAGGAGGGUGAACGGGAGAAGGAGAGAGCUGAGAAGGAGAAGGAAGAGGCAUUGAGAGAAAGGGAGGAGGUUGUGAGACGGCUUGAGGAGAUGCAAGAGAUGCUGGAAGAGGUGAGAAGGGAGGAGGCUUACAGAAGGGAGGAGGCUGAACAAGAGAAGGAGGACGCUUACAGAAGGGCAGAAGAUGCUGGAGUACGAGUGAGAGAGGCAGAAGCAGGAAGAGAAGAGGUGGAGAGGAGGAGAGAAGUAGCAGAGGGGGCACUGUCGCUAGCAGAGGUGGUAUUGCAGGAGGCGGAGGUGUGGAGAGAAGAGGCGGUGAGGCGUUGGGGAGAAGCAGAGGGGGCAGUGUUGAUGGUCGAGGUGGUAUUGCAGGAGACAGAGGCGUGGAGAGAGGCGACACAGAGGAAGUUGGCAGAAGGAGAGGGGUUAUGGAAAGAAGCUGAGCGUGCGAGAGAGGAGGCAGAGAGGAGGAGAGAAGAAGCAGAGGGGGCACUGUCGCUAGCAGAGGUGGUAUUGCAGGAGGCAGAGGUGUGGAGAGAAGAGGCGGUGAGGAGAUUAGAAGAGGGAGAGGCGUUGAGGGAGGAGGCUGAGCAGGCGAGAGAGGAGGCUGAGAGGAGGAGGGAAGAAGCAGAGGGGGCUGUGGAGGUAGCAGAGGCAGCGAGAGAUGAGAUGGAGCGGGCGAAAGAGGAGGCUGAGGCUAGCUGGGAAGAGGCGCUGGUGAUGCUGGGAGAGGCUGAUAGGGGGCGAGAGGAGGCGGAGAGGAGAAGGGAGGAGGCUGAGAAGAAGAUUGUGGAAGCUGAGAGGUUGGGAGAGGUAGCAGAGAGACGAGGAGAGGAGGCAGAGAGACGAGGAGAGGAGGCAGAGAGACGAGGAGAGGAGGUAGAGAGACGAGGAGAGGAGGCAGAAGGUAAGGAACGAAGGGAGGAUGCAACGCACAGUUCUGAAGAGAGUGUGGUGAUCGUUUCAGAAGCUGAUGAGCAACCUGUAGAGGCGAGAGGGGCUGGCGAGGAGAAGGAGGGAGAGAUUGGAGGAGAGGAAGCGGGAAGCGAUGGUAUGGAGGGCGGGGACGGAGCAGAGGCAGUGGAGGGCGCUUUGGAAUUAGGGGCACGGGAGGGUAAGCGAUGGCGGGGUGGAGGUGGGGAGGAUGGGGAGAGCAGUGGAGGGGAGGAGGAGGAUAAGGGCUGCAGCCGUGAGGAGAAGGGUCGGGAGAGCAGUGGGGAGGAGGAGCAGGUGAAGGGAGUGAUUUGUCACUGCACUCAGAAAGAGGUGCUGCCCGAGGGUGCUGCUGCAGACGUGCCACUCAGAGGGUGGCCGAAUCCUGACAGCAGUGGGGGGGAGACAAGUGUGGUUGGCAUGAGCUUUCUGGAAAGGGAAAGAGACGAGCUAAGAGUGCGGUGGGAGGCGGCAGAGGAGAGACGGAGGGAGCUGGAAGCGAUUGUGAGUAAAACGGGUUUGCAGCUAGAGAGGGUGGGUGGGGUUGAGGAGGUUGAGAGGGCGAGGGGAGAGGCAGAGAGAGGGAGGGAGGAGGCGUUGAAAGAGAGGGACGAGGCGGUGAGAGAAAAGGAUGAAGCUGAGAAGGCAAGGCAAGAGGCGGAAUUGAGGGUUGAGGAGGCGGAGAAGCAGAGGGAUGAGGCGGUGAAAGCGUGGGAGUGUGCGGAGGAGGCAAGGAGAGAGGCGGAGGCAGCAAGGGAUGAAGCUCUGGAAUCAAGAGAAGGCAUUCAGAAGUCGUGGGAUGAUGCUGAGGAGGCGAGGAGAGGGACGGAGGCAAGGCUUGAAGAGCUUAAGCAGGCUUUGGAGGAGGCUGAAAGGGCAAGGCAAGAGGCUGAGAUGGCAAAGCAAGUGGCAGAGGCGGCGAGAGAGGAGGCUGAGGCAACUUGGAAGGAGGCAGUGGAGAAAGCAGAAGAGGCGGAGGAGAGGAGCGAGAAGAGGUGUGAGGAGGAGAGGAAGGUGAGGGACGAAGCUGAGAGGGCGAGGGAGGAAGCUGAAAGAAUGAGAGAGGAGGCUGAGAAGGGAAGGGAGGAGGCGGUAGCGAGACAAGCCAUGCCGUGCAGUGCGUGCGCUGAAAAAGACGAGGCGAUGCAGUCCAUUCUCAACGAGCUUGUUGCCGCCCAGGCUGCGUCUGAAGCUGCCAUAGCGUCGGCGGCUACCAACGCUGCGGAGGAGGUUCGGGCGGAGCUUCGGAUGGCGCAGGAAGGGUGGGAGAAGAGGCUGAGUGAAGUGGAAGGGGAGUUAGAGCGUGUGAAAGGGGAGGGAGAGAAGCUUGAGAAGAGAGUGAAGGAAGCGGAGGGGGAGGGUGUGAGAUUGCGAGAGGAGGUGGAGGGAGAGAGGAAGGGGAGGGAGGAGGAGAGAGCUGCCAAGGAGGAAGAGAAGAGAGCAAAGGAAGAGGAGAGGAAGGCGAAGGAGGAGGAGAGGGAGAGACGGGAGCAGGCGGAGGCAGGGAGGAGGGCAGCGGAGGAGGAGGCGCAGUUGACUAGGGAGGACCUGGAGGUGAUGCGAGACGCAAAGAGGGAGACGGUGCGGAACCUCACAGACUCACUGCUGGCAGCGGAGGAGCAGAGGAAGCGACUGCUGUUCCUGCUGCGCAAGGCACAGGUCAUCGAAGCGCAGCAGAAGCGGCAGCAGUUGCGCCAGACCGCGGCGCAACGGCGCACGUCGCUAGUGCAGGCCGCGCGGCAAACUGGAGGGGAUGCGGGGAAGGCGGAACAUGGCCAGGGGGAUCCGGGGAAGCCGCCGCAGGGUCAGGGGGGGCAUGGGAAGGCGCAACUGGCCGGGGGAGCAAACCCGCCAGCGCACGCCCCGCUUCCGCCUCUUCCGCGGAAGCAGCAAACGCGGGUGCAAGCGCAGGUGGCGCAGCAGGGGGAAGCGCAGGCGGAAAAGCAGGCGGGGCAGCAGGGUGGACAGCAAGGGGGGAGGCAGUAUAGGGGGCAGCAAGGGGGGCAAGCGCAUAGGUUACAACAAGAAUCAUCACAGCCGCAACCAGAACAGCACCAGCAGCAGCACCAGCAGCAGCACCAGCAGCAGCAGCAUAAUUCCUCCGGGCAGGAUGCCACUCACGGGCAGGCGUCCGGGCAGACGAAAGGGCACCCUCAACCAGACAGGCAGGAGCCGGGGGGGCAACCCCAAGCCCACGGGCAGGGAAGCGGGCAGACUUCCGGGCAGGUUUCGGAGCAGCUGCCAAUGCACGAAGGCCACGUGGAGCAUGCUAUUCUGCCUGAGCGGCCGGAUUGGCUGGAUGAUUACGAGAUAGUGGGGAAGAUCGGCGAGGGGACGUAUGGGCUGGUGUAUCUGGCUAAGGACCGGCGCAAGGGCAAGGGGUCGGGGCGGUCGGCUCUUAAGAAGUUCAAACAGACCAAGGAGGGCGAUGGCGUGUCUCCCACUGCCAUCCGCGAGAUCAUGCUACUACAGGAGUGUGAGCACGAGAACAUAGUGCAGCUGCUCAACGUGCACAUCAACCACAACGACAUGUCGCUCUUCCUCGCCUUCGAUUAUGCCGAACACGACCUUUAUGAGAUCAUCCGCUUCCACCGCGAGCAUCUGAAACGUCCCCUGUCUGAAUACACGGUGAAGUCGCUGCUCUGGCAGCUGCUCAACGGGCUGCACUACCUGCACAGCAAUUGGAUUAUCCAUCGGGACCUGAAGCCUUCUAACAUCCUUGUGAUGGGCGAGGGCGAGGAGCAAGGGGUGAUCAAGAUCGGCGACUUUGGCCUCGCCCGCAUCUUCCAGUCGCCCCUGCGCCCGCUCUCCGACAACGGGGUUGUGGUGACCAUCUGGUAUCGAUCCCCAGAACUGCUGCUAGGCUCACGGCACUACACAUGUGCUGUCGCUCGCCCUUUUUCGCUCAACCCACCUCCCUCACCUCGUACUCACAUCUUCUUUGCACGGCAGAAGGACCAGCUGGAUAAGAUCUUCAGAGUGCUAGGCCACCCCACAGUGGACAAGUGGCCAAUGCUGCAGUACCUUCCACAUUGGCAGGCGAACCGCCAACUCAUUCAAGACAAGAAGUACCCCCAGCCGCAGCCUUACCGCAUUCUGCACAGCUGCCCACAGCCAGAGCUCUACCGCAUUCUGCACAGCUGGUCGCCCAACUCGCAUGCCGUCAACCUGCUGCUGCGCAUGCUCGACUAUGACCCCAAGAAGCGGAUAACAGCAGGGCAGGCACUCGAGCACGAGUACUUCCGCAUCGACCCGCUUCCCGGCCGCAAGUCAGUACUCUCCUCCCCACGCCCCUCUCCUCCACACGCCCCUCUCCUCCACACGCCCCUCUCCUCCACACGCCCCUUUACUCCACCACACCAUUUCUUGCGUUCCUUCACAUCACUCCUGCUUGGAUGUCCCUUGUUCUCUAUUCCCCUCACCCUCUUCCCUCACCCUCUUCCCUCACCCUCUUCCCUCACCCUCUUCCCUCACCCUCUUCCCUCACCCUUCACACCUUCCCCGUUCUCCUCUGCCCCCUUUCCUCCUCUUCCCUCCCCCCAGCUCGUUCUUCUCAGGCCACCACCCCAUGGAGCGCCCAGUGCUCGUUCUUCUCAGGCCACCCCAUGGAGCGCCCAGUGGUAUCCCCAAGUGCCUUCCCUUUUCCCACUCACCUCACCCCUUCCUCUUCCCCCUCUCCCUCUCUCACCCUUUCCUCCUCUCCCCUCCCUCAGCUCGUUCGUCUCAGGCCACCCCAGGGAGCGCCCAGUGGUGUACCCAAAGCGCAUGCCAGUUCCCUGUGACCCUUACCCUGUCCCCCCUUAUCCUUCCCCCCUCUGUCCCCCUCGCUCUCAGCUCGUUCUUCUCAGGCCACCCCAUGGAGCGCCCAGUGCUCGUUCGUCUCAGGCCACCCCAGGGAGCGCCCAGUGGUGUAUCCCAAGCGGCUGCCAGUCCCCUGUUCCCCUCACCCUUUUCCCUCGUGUCCUUUCUUCCACCCCUCUCCUUUUCUUCCUCCCCCGCAGCUCCUUCUUCUCAGGCCACCCCAUGGUGCGCCCAGUGGUGUACCCCAAGCCCAUGCCACUUCCCUCUCAACCCCUCUCAACCCCUGCCAACAGCUCGUUCUUCUCAGGCCACCCCAUGGAGCGCCCAGUGGUGUACCCCAAGCGCCCUGUGGACCUCUCAACUGAUUUUGAAGGCAUCUCCACCCUCUCCUCCGCUGCUGCCUCCUCCCAUCCAUCAGCGCCAGGGCAGCGCAUGGCCAACGUCACCCUGCUGCACCGCUCAGGAUCGGCGGGGUUCGGUACGGGGCAUGGGGAGGGGCAUAGAGUGAACAGGGAUAAGAAGGGCCGGGAGGAGCGGAAAGGGCGUGAGGAGAAGCGGGAGGGCGGGAAGGGCGGCGGCGGGGUGGUGGUGGGGGGACCGUCCGCUGGCGGCGCGCUGAACGUGAUGCCGCAAUCUGGGGAAUACACCAAGGAGAAACUCGCGGAAUUGGCGCGCAACACCAUGCGCAUUGCAGCGCCUUCGUCCGCCUCCAGGCGCACCCCCCCUCCCCCUUCCGCCUCUAUCGCUGCAGCAGGCGCAGCCCUCUCCACCUCCGCGGCCCCCUCCUCCACUGUCACCCCGCCCUCCCUCUCCGAACCUCUCAUCGUGCUUCGGGGAUCGCUCAAACCCGCAGGCUCAGCAGCCGCCGAAGCAGAGGCCGGAGCUAGCGGUUCCGGUGCAUCAGGUUCGGCAGGUGCUGCAGCAGGAAUGGGAGGAUUGGGAGUGCCAGGAGCUACAGGGGGGAAGGACGGGGGAUUGGGGGCAAAAACUGGGGGGGAGAAAGGGGGCGGUGUGGGGGGAAUGGGGGAAGGGGGAGUGGAGGGAGGGCGGAGUGCAAGGGAGGUGUUUUCAGGGGGGAUGAGGGCAGGCGCGUGGGGAUAUGGGGGGGCAGCGGGGGGCGCAGGGGGGAUGGGAGGUGCAGGGUCGAUAGUAGCGGAAGGGGAUGAAGUGAUGAAGUUCCUGAGAGAGGGCCUUGCGAGACUGCAGACCGUGCUUCACCGUUUACCACUGCCAAUCACCCUACACCACUCUACUCCCACUCCACCCCUUCCCUCCCUCCCUCUCCAGGCCUCACAAUCCAAGGCUGAGCGGGAGGCUCGGGAGGCGGAGGAUCGGCUGGUGGCGGCGGCAGAGGAGGUGUUGGAGCUGGAGAGGGCGAUGAAGGGCGCUGAGAGCAAGUACCGCUUCGUGCAGGACCUCAGGCAAUACAUCGCCGUGUUGUGCGAUUUCCUCAAGGACAAAGCGGCGCUGAUAGAGGAGUUGGAGGAGUCGCUGCAGCAGCUGCAGGAGGAGCGUGCCAACGCAGCAUUCAACCGUCGACGCGCUGACCUGGUGGAUGAGCUGGCGCAAGCAGAGGCUGCCACGUCAGCGGCAGCAGCAGCGAUGGCACAAGGUGCCGGGACGGUGACGGCAGCGGCAGCGGCGGCAGCAGCGGCGGAGGCGGUGGUGGAAGGGGGAGGGGCGGCGGGAGGGCGGGUGGAGUUAGAUGAGUUUGGAAGAGACGUGAACCUGCAGAAGCGGUUGGAGCUCCAGAGGCGAGUGGCAGCGCGGGAGCGACGGCACGCCAAGGCUGAGGCCAGGAGGGCUGGGCGGGGCGAAGCAGAAGGGGGGGGAGGAGGUGGAGGAGGUGGUGUGGGGAGGGUGGAGGGGGAGUGGAGCAGUGAUGAGAGUGAUGAUGAGAGGAAUGCGGUGUUUGCGGAUGCAGCAGAGGAGUACAGCAGGAUAGAGCGAGUGAAGGAGCGCAUGGAGCGUUGGAAGCAGCAGCAGCACCCUAAACCCCUUGAUGCAGUGUUUGCGGAUGCAGCAGAGGAGUACAGCAGGAUAGAGCGAGUGAAGGAGCGCAUGGAGCGGUGGAAGCAGCAGCACCCCUCCGCCUACCGAGACGCCUAUGCCAGCAUGUCAGCGCCGGCCCUCUUUGCUCCCUUUGUGCGCCUGGAGCUGCUCCGAUGGGACCCGUUGUUUGGGGGAGGUGCCUUUGACUCCAUGCACUGGUACUCUGUCCUCUUUGACUAUGGCCUCCCAACCGACGGCUCCGAGCCUGCCCCGGACGACCCGGACACGAACCUGGUGCCGAGGCUCGUGGAGAAGGUGGGGCUGCCGAUCCUGCACCACGCGCUGCAGCACUGCUGGGACCCGCUGGACCGCGCCGCGACCAACCGUGCGGUGACAGCUGUGGAGGAGGUGCUGGUGUAUGUGGAGGCGGGGGCUCCCGCAGUGGUGGAGAUGGUGAAGGCCGUGGAGGGGCGGAUUGAAAAUGCCGUUGGGGAAAUUCAGCUACCAGCGUGGCCGCCCCCCAUACUCGCUGCCUGCCCCUCCGCUGCUCGAUUCGCAGCUCAGAGAUUCGGGCACGCGCUGCGCCUCAUUUACAACCUGGGAAGGAUGCGAGACGUGGUGUCUCAGCAGCUCCUAGAUCGACUCGUGCUGCAGUCUCUCCUGGCCAAUCAGCUGCUGCCACAUCUGCGCGCCCUCGCCCCCGCGCUGCACGACGCUGUUCCCCGUACAGAGCGACUCGUUUGUGUGCUGUGUGACGGCAAGUGGGCCGGCACGGGCAGCGGCAGUGCCUUGCCUCCUUCUGCUGAACCCAGGAACAGUCCUAGGUCUCCUCUAUCACAGCUGGUGGCUUAUAUCGAAACGCUGGGUCGGUCUGUAGAGAGUCGGAGUGCUGUGGAGGGGCAGAGGGAGGAGUGUGUGGGGCUGGCGAGGCGGCUGAAGCGCAUGUUGGUGCAGAUGGAGGAAAUGGAUAAGGCCAGGGCGCUUGGCAAGGUGUUUGGUAUCAAAGAGGCCCUGUAG